AAUGGUUGUGUAUUCAGUCUACGACUAGUACAUUGUCUUGUCCACCUGAAAUAUUACGUGCACCUGGCUAGGAAUUGUAACUAUUGAGAUGGGGAUAUGGGAACAUCUUGACAAGGUCAAAGCUAAGUCCACAUUCUGCACAAUGUGCUGUGCCCCCCAAGGAAGAGCUUGACUAAUGCUGCCAUUUUAAUCUUUUACUCAAUAAACUAGUUAACCAGCUUUUAAUUGUCAAUGCCUUUCUUACUGAGAUGCCAAAAGAACUGGUAGCAGCUUGGUGCAAGACAUUCUCCUAGGAGAAAGGUUGGAAUCUACUUGUGCAACAAACUCUUUAACUUUCUCGCUCCUGUCUGACAUCCUGGAAUUGUGUGCUUCCGUCAGAGAAGCUGUAAUCCACCACUUGGCAGCUUGGCAGCACAGCAUGGGAGGGUUGAUUGGCGAGGGGAAGCAUCAAGCUUCAUGUGUGAGGAUGUGAUCCUGGGGUUUUCCAAGAAAUUUUUUUGACGUGGAAUUUCCCGUACUAUGAACAACAGGCUGGCUGAGAGAAUAAAAGGCUGCGGUAAAGGCAAGGGAGACACAGUCCAGACGCUUUGAGCUGAGCUUUAUCUUCAAGUCCGUGUUCAGCAGCUGAGCAGCAGAAAGCAGUCGCUGAGAAAUACUACAGAGGAUUCUAUAGCGCCUGACCGAUACAGCUACAACCUCCACCUGCUUAAAAGAUAAAGAGAAAACUCUGAGAGACAUGACUUGCCUGUGGUUCCUAUCUCUUCUUGCUUGCGGGCUUACAAUACUAGAGGUGGUGAAUUGCUGGACAUACCAUUAUUCAGACACAAACAUGACCUACAAAGAGGCAGAGUUAUGGUGCAAAAAGAGGUACACUAACAUGGUUGCCAUUCAAAAUAAGGAUGAAAUCAACCAUCUGAACAACUUCUUACCCUUCAAUCCGGGUUACUACUGGAUUGGAAUCAGAAAAAUUAAUGAUACCUGGACCUGGGUCGGAACGAACAAAGAGUUGACAGAUGAAGCAGAAAACUGGGCUUCAGGCGAGCCAAAUGGCAAAGGGAACAACGAGGACUGUGUUGAAAUCUACAUCAAAAGAGGGAAGGAUGACGGCAAAUGGAAUGAUGAGCAGUGUGAGAAAAAGAAGGUUGCCUUGUGCUAUACAGCUUCUUGCAACCCAUCUCUCUGCAGUGGCCGUGGAGAAUGCAUAGAGACUAUCAACAAUCACACCUGCCAUUGUAACCCUGGAUUCUAUGGGCCUGACUGUGAAUUUGUUAAGACUUGUGAUUCACUAAAGAAACCUGAUCACGGAAGCCUUGAGUGCAACCAUCCACUGGAGGACUUCAGCUACAGCUCGUCAUGCACAGCUCAGUGUGAAGAAGGCUAUGAGCUGAAUGGAUUGGAGUCAGUAUACUGCACGUCUUCUGGAGUCUGGUCUGGCCCGCUUGCAUCAUGCAAAGUUGUACAGUGUGAACCGCUGAAGUCUCCUGAGAAAGGCUCUAUGGAUUGCAUACAUGGUACUGGGAACUUCACAUAUAACACAGCCUGCCACUUCAGCUGCCUAGAAGGAUGGAAUCUCAAUGGAUCUCAUGUUCUUGAGUGCAGUCAUUCAGGAAACUGGAGUGCCAGUCUGCCCACAUGUGAAGCUUCUCAACAAGUUGGCUAUGUCACUGUGGGCAUAGCAGCCACCGGUACCUCUCUGCUUGCCACAGCAUCGUUCCUCUUCUGGCUUGCAAAACGGUUACGAAGAAAAGUAAAGAAAUUCACUCCUGCCAGCAGCUGUCAGCACCUCACUACUGAAUGCCAGAAUGUCUAACUCCAGGAGUUUCAGGAAUUGAAGCCACCUUUACUUAUGUCUGAGAGAUUUUCAGGAAAUGAAACUGCAUGCAGAUCAGCAGCUGACCAGAUGUUUUUACCUCUUGCUGACAAGACGAUUCACCUUGUGUAUUGCUCAGAUUUUGAACUCAAGCUGUCUGGUAUUUCCACAGAAGACAAACAAGCAGAGAGCAAAACUCUGGCCUUCUGGCAAAAUACUGUCUACAUUCAGUCAUGUAGUUAUCAUAACUGGGAGCUUGCCAUGUCUUGUCCAGAUGGUGAGCAAAUAGUAAGCUGCUGCCUAAGGAGGAGGCUGGUUUCUCCUCUGGUCUGCUAGGUGAGGUACCUAGGUGAGGUGAAGACAUGCAUUAUUUCACAUCACUUAUUACACUGCAGGAGAUGUCUCCUUUGGAGACAUAUGGGCUAUACUUGCAGAAACAAAAUAAUUGGGGUUAAAAACAUUCUCUGAAUUGCUUUGAAGCCAUUGAUCUGGCUUAUUGUUGAGGUCAUUUUAUAUUAAGAUGUUCCCAGACAUAACUAUGCCUGAAAUGAUACAGGCAAUUAUCUGGGUUUCUGCUGCGUGUUCCAGAAAGCCUUUGGACUUAACUUCUUGUUGAUGGCACUGGGAAUGGUAGUGCUUGUACUAGGUACUCUGGUUUCUGAAUGCAGCAAGUAGAUCGGAAGUUCUCAUCCCCAUGGGAUUGUGCACUGUAAUACAGAUGUGAAUGUAAACAUUUAAUUUGUUGUGUAAGUUUUACUGUGGAUAUUUCUGAGCUGUUAACAGCAAAUGUAUUUAAAACACCUGUUCCUAAGUAGCUUUGUGUCCCUGUUCUGGGCCCAGGCCAUUUUAAAAUAAGUCAGAAAUACGCAGGCAUGUAAUCUUAUGAACAUAAUUUACAGAUAAAAUAGAAGCCUCAGAUUUUUAUAUAUGUUGCAAGUGUGACUUAUUAAGCUGUUAAAGGACUUCAAAUGAGAGUCUUAAGUUAUGUUUAAGUUAUAAAUUAAACAUCUCUGCUUGACUUCGAAUCUGAUGUGUAUUGUCCUAUUUGUAACAGUAUUUAAUAAAACGUU